GUGGCUGCUCGGUACAUGGACAUCAAGGGGAAAAAGGGGCCUGUGGGGAUGCCCAAAGAGGCAACCUGUGACCGCUUCAUGUGCAUCCAGCAAGGCUCAGAGUGCGACAUCUGGGACGGGCAGCCCGUCUGCAAGUGCAAGGACAGAUGUGAGAAAGAACCAAGCUUUACCUGUGCCUCUGAUGGACUCACCUACUACAACAAGUGCUACAUGGAUGCAGAGGCCUGCAUCAAAGGCAUUACACUCAACGUGGUCACCUGUAGGUACCAUCUCACCUGGCCAAACACCAGCCCUAUCCCCCCAGAAACAACAGCUCGCCCUACCACUGCCUAUUCCGAGACAACAGUCAUUGAUAUCCUGCCACCUGCACUGGUGAACAACCCCGUCCAUCAGUCCGUCUACGUGGGAGAGACCGUCAGCUUCCUCUGCGACGUUUCAGGGAGACCCAAGCCAGAAAUCACAUGGGAGAAGCAGGUCGAUGGGAAGGACAAAGUCAUCAUGAAGCCAAACCACGUCAGAGGGAACGUCGUGGUCACCAACAUCGCCCAGCUGGUCAUCUACAAUACGCAGCUGCAGGAUGCAGGAAUCUACACCUGCACUGCCCAGAACACUGGUGGCCUCCUCCGGGCAGAUUUCCCUUUGUCAGUCAUCAGAGGAGAGCCCACAUCCAAGGAAACUUCCCAGAACAAAACACAUUUUCCAACCGAUGAGUGCCUGAAGCAGCCGGACAGCGAAGACUGUGGGGAAGAGCAGACCAGGUGGUACUAUGAUGCCAAGAAAAACAACUGCUUUACUUUCAUCUAUGGGAACUGCAACAGCAAUCUCAACCACUUUGAGACCUACGAGAGUUGCAUGCUAACAUGCAUGAACGGCCCCAUCAACAUCUGCAACCUGCCUGCCCUUCAAGGCCACUGCAAGGCCUACGAGCCUAGGUGGGCCUACAACAGCUUGACAAAGCAGUGCCAGUCCUUUAUCUAUGGCGGGUGUGGAGGCAAUGAGAAUAACUUUGAGAGCCGGGAGGCCUGCGAGGAGAUGUGCCCCUUUCCGAAGAAUACUCACUGCAAGGCCUGCAAGCCCCGCCAGAAGCUGGUGACCAGCUUCUGCAAAAGUGACUUUGUCAUCCUGGGCCGCAUCACGGAGCUGACUGAAGACCAAGACUCAGGACACGCCCUGGUGACAGUGGAGGAGAUUCUCAAGGAUGACAAAAUGGGAUUAAAAUUCCUGGGGAAGGAACCACUAGAAAUCACGCUUUUGAACAUGGACUGGAGCUGCCCAUGUCCCAACAUGACCACAGUGGAUGGCCAGCUCAUCAUCAUGGGGGAUGUCCACAAUGGCAUGGCCAUCCUACAGCCAGACAGCUUUGUGGGCACCUCCAGCAUCCGGCGCGUGCGCAAGCUCCGCGAAGUCAUCCACAAGAAAACCUGUGAGCUUUUGAAAGAGUUCCUGGGAUUGCAUUAA